GGACCCUCGCGCGCAGCCAUGAGCCCCGCCCCCCACUGGUGUUCGGAGAGGGGCGGGACCUGGAGCGAGGUUGCUCCGUGACUCCACCAUGUCCACUCCCACCACCAGUUCCCUGGACACCCCCUUGCCUGGAAAUGGCCCGCCUCAACCCAGCGCACCCUCUUCUUCACCAGCUAUAAAGGAGGAGGGUCCUGAACUGUGGCCUGUGGGUCCAGACCCUGAUGUCCCAGGCGAUGACUGGGCCCGUUCAGCCUGCAGCGAGGUCGUCCCAGACCCGGCAGAGGAACCAGAGCGCAAGCGAAAGAAGGGCCCGGCUCCAAAGAUGCUGGGCCACGAGCUGUGCCGCGUGUGCGGAGACAAGGCCUCCGGCUUCCACUACAACGUGCUCAGCUGCGAAGGCUGCAAGGGCUUCUUCCGGCGCAGCGUGGUCCGAGGCGGGGCCAGGCGCUACGCCUGCCGGGGCGGCGGAACCUGCCAGAUGGACGCCUUCAUGCGGCGCAAGUGCCAGCAGUGCCGGCUGCGCAAAUGCAAGGAGGCCGGGAUGAGAGAGCAGUGCGUCCUGUCGGAAGAACAGAUCCGAAAGAAGAAGAUUCGGAAGCAGCAGCAGCAGCAGCAGCAGCAGCAGCAACAGUCACCUGUGGGGCCAUCAGGCGGCAGCAGCUCAGCCUCUGGGCCUGGGGCUUCCCCUGGAGGGUCUGACGGAGGUGGCCAGGGCUCCGGGGAAGGCGAGGGUGUCCAGUUAACAGCCGCUCAGGAACUAAUGAUCCAGCAGUUGGUGGCGGCUCAGCUGCAGUGCAACAAACGCUCCUUCUCUGACCAGCCCAAAGUCACGCCCUGGCCCCUGGGCGCGGACCCCCAGUCCCGUGAUGCACGCCAGCAGCGUUUUGCCCACUUCACGGAGUUAGCCAUCAUCUCAGUCCAGGAGAUUGUGGAUUUUGCCAAACAGGUGCCUGGCUUCCUGCAGCUGGGCCGCGAGGACCAGAUUGCCCUCUUGAAGGCAUCUACCAUUGAGAUCAUGCUGCUAGAGACAGCCAGACGCUACAACCACGAGACAGAGUGCAUCACUUUCCUGAAAGACUUCACCUACAGCAAGGAUGACUUCCACCGCGCAGGUGUGGACCAGCUGCGCUUCCCCCGGAUGCUGAUGAAGCUUGUGAGCCUGCGCACGCUGAGCUCUGUGCACUCAGAGCAGGUCUUUGCCCUGCGGCUCCAAGACAAGAAACUGCCGCCUCUGCUGUCUGAGAUCUGGGAUGUCCACGAGUGAGGGGCCUGGCCGCCCUGCCCCACAGCCCUGUACCCUCCAACGCAUGGACGUUGUCGCCCCUUCCUCCUCCUGGAGUGGGAAGGAGCCGGGCCUGGGGUCCCAUCUUGUGGCUUAUAGCACAAGCCCUGGCCCCACCAGCCCUCAGCCCUCGGGUGAGCCCCCAUUAGGGUCCAGGAGGCUCCUGCCCUGCCCACUGAGUCUUCCUGGGAGGGCUGGGUGGGUCCUAGAUCCCAACCUCUGACCCUCCUAGCACUCCCGGCUGCCCUCCCCACCCAGCUUACACCUCAAGCUCACUGCGCAGUGCACCUUGAACAGAGGGAGUGGGGGGCCCGUGGCUCUCCCUGACAGCC